UAUAGCACAUCGUUGGCAUUCUCCCCGGACCACGAAAGACUUACGACGGCAUGUGUGGAUAUGACUAUCAAGAUAUGGGAUCUAGCAAAAGGCAACAAAAGCAUGGCUACUGGUGGUUCUGCGAGAAGCCUUUGCUACUCUGAUGAACUUCUCUUCGCAGCCUACUACCCCGACUGUCAGGAGAUCACAGCUUGGGGCAGGUUGACCGAACAUGAUGUGGAAGUACAGAGAUUUCAUGCGGACAAUGUGGAUAUUCUUGCCAUGUCCAAGUAUCAUCAAAAAGUUGCGUCAGCUUCUUCUAGCGGUCAGGUUACUGUGUGGGAGACGAAAACCGGUGCUCAUACACAGCUAUUUGGCGCAAACUCAGUGGAUGCCAAAGGAGAUAACAUCAAUGACGACAUAGAUGACGAAACUGGCGGCCUUGUGGAAAAGAUCACGUCCUUGGCCUUUCGAAACAGCUUUCAGCUUGCCUGUGGCGGCUGGGAGACGAUCAGAAUUUUGAACAUAUCUGAUGGUACCAUCGCGCAAGAACACUACGAAGCUGAUGGAUAUGUUGAGCUCAUGGAAUUUUCGGCAGAUGGCCAAUGGCUCGCCUACAAGUCUCGUGAUCGAUACAGGCAUUAUAGCCUCAGAAUUUGGAACACAGCGACUGGAAAACGUUUCUUAUUAUCCGUUGCCGAACCGUUUCGUAGAAACACCGAUUCACUGAGCUUUUCCAUGGAUGGCCAGCUGCUUGUGUCGAGUUCGUAUGACGGUAUAUAUCUGUGGGACGUGACAACUGGCCACUGUAUACGUCAUUUGGAAAUCUGCGUGAAUAGAGUUAUUCAGGCAUCUUUCGAUGUAGGCAUCAAAAGACGAUUGAACACUCAAUUUGGCUUCCUAACCAUCGAAGAUCCGGGGCCAAGCUUCCUGGGCCCAAGCAACUUGGAUGCAAACAUCUGCGGGGAUGCUGGAGCAGCGGCCCAGGGCCUUGAAAUAGCACCAUGUGCAGAAGGUUCAAGAAAAAGUUCACUGCCACACUUUUGCGGGUAUGGUCUCAGUAUCGAGCUCGACUGGCUGGUGCUAAAUGGACUUCGAUUGCUUCGGAUUCCGCUGGAAUACAGAGCGGAGUAUUUUUCAGAAGAAAAGACACCAAUCAUAAACCAGUCAACACUCAUAUGGAUAACCAGGUCAGGAAGAUUAGUACGACUGUACUUUCCAUCACGACACUAGACUUCGAAAGCACUGUGGCGAGGCAACAUACGGUCACGAUAUGGAUUUGAAGCCAAUCAAAAAUGAAAAGAACGAAUGAUUCCGUAGAAUCGUGAUAGUGAAUGAUAGUGUAGACAUU